UGUAGACUCGGGCAGAGCACCUGGGAGCUUUUAAGCCAUGGUCAGAAGUGAGGGCAUUCCUGGUCCUUUGGCAGAGAAGGCCUGGCGGAAGCUGGAGAAGGAGUGGAAAGCCGAGAGCCAGCAUGCAGCAUCUGGCCAGCUGGAGAGGGUGAUGGAGUUUCGGGCCAAGGUGGCCACAUCCAUCCGGGAGUGGUUCUCUGUGACGGGAGCGGACUCGAAGAUCGUGGACUACGAUGAGCUCGACGAGGACGACAUCGAGGACUUCAACGACUUGCUCCGGAAAUUUCGGGAGGGGGACUUUGCGGGUUGCUCCCGGGGAUGCUGCGAGGUGUUGCGCCGCGACCUGCAGCAAAACGUGCAGAUACGCAUCUUUUGCUUGCAAGCCGUGUCGAUUGCGGCUGAGAUCCCUCCGCUCCUCGGCGAUUGCCCUCGUUGCCCUCACACGGCCGACCCAGCAGUCAGGUCGCUGGCGCAGCAGGCGCUGUACUCGGUCCGCAGCGCGCACGUGGGGCAGGCGGAUGCUGCCAGGAUGGCCCAGAAGGAAUCGGAGGAGUUCCAGAAAUUGAUGAAUCCGAUCAUCGAGGCUAUGAAUGCGGAAUUCGCUCACUUCCAUGCAGCCCAAGCCCAAGCAGCCCAAGCAGCCCAAGCAGCCCAAGCAGCCCAAGCAGCGGCUCGAGCAGCUCCAGCCGCCGCGUCAGCUGCUUCAGGAGCAGCUCCAGCAGCUGCCUCCCGACAAGCUCCUCAAGGAGCUCAAACUGAAGCUGUAAAGCAGCACAGCCCAGCUGUGGAGCCGGAACCUGUAUCUUCCAUAUGCCCGUUAUGCUUGCAGACCGUGCACAAGAGCCUGAAAGUGCACAAGAAGAAGAACUGCCCGAAGCGCAAGGUCCAGUGCAAGCAGUGCAAGCAGCAUGUGAACGCUGAGGAUCACGAGGGUCAUGCCCGGUGGGAAUGUGAGCUUCGGGACGUCACCUGUGAGCGGUGUCAGCUGGUGCUGAAGCAGAAAGAUUUCAGCUUUCACUGCUCCGAGCAGUGCCCGGCAUCGUGGGUGAGCUGCGAGAACGGUGGCUGCGACUGGAAGGGGCUCCGCCGGGAUCUGGAGCCACACGCCUUGGCAUGUCCCUAUGCGCUGGAGAUCUGCGCCCACUGCAUGGAGGAGAUGCCGCAGAAGGACAUGCCUGGGCACAGGUGCGAGCGGGUCAACUCCAGGGCGACCUGCAAUGUGUGCCUGGAGACCUUUGUGAAGCUCGGGUCUAAGGGUAUUGCACCGGCCAUGCUCCUCCUGAACACAAGGCGCUCGUGUCAGCACGUCCAGAUGUGCGUGAAGUGCGCUAGCGACUGGAAGCGAUCCAACCAAGCCAUCGCCACCUGCCCCAUGUGCCGCACGGAGUAUGACGCCAUCGCAGCUCUGCCGGACUACUUGAUGACUGCCGGUCAUGCGUCGGAUUCUGCGGAUCUAUCCUCCGGCGAGAUUCUGCGGCCUCCCUUGCCGGCAAGAGAGAAGAUGGCGCCAGGCAGCUUCUGGUUUAUUUCGCCGCUGGACAUCGGCUUCAGCCACGAUAGCAUCGGCGAGUGCUUCGCGCCCUAUAAGAAGGAUGGAGUGGACAUUGAAGACAAAGCCAAGCUGCGAAUUCUCAGCAGUGCCGCGGAGUGCCUGGAGAGGGCUCAGGAGCCUCGUGCGUUAGAAGUGGUCGAUGUGAUGUGGUACAAGAACAAGCUAUAUGUGGCCGGCACCUUCAACCGGCGCUUGUGCAUGUACCGGCUGCUCAGCAUUUUCGCCACUGACCGCUUCGGUCUGAUCAAGGUCCGCGUGAGGAGCUCUGACGAGCCAAGCAUUCGAUCCAAGCUCUCUGCCUGCUUCACAACCAGGUGUGAAGGUCGAUACGUCUUUGUCAGAUCUGCAGAUGGAGAAAGGCGCUAUGUUGGCCAGUCGCGCCGCGAGCUCCAGUGGCCAGAGGCAGCGGAGCUACUAGGAGGUGCAACUGAAGCAGCCUUUGCUUCGGCUGGCGGCCUCUCGCAAGAAAGCGACAGCAGCGCCCGGGCUGCCGAUGCGUCCUCGGGAGCUGCCUGGGAUGCGUGGGACGAUACUCCUUCCCUUGACCUUAUCAUCGCAGCCUUCGCGAAGUAUCAUGCCUUGCCGGAGGACAAGGUGAUCAGCGUGCUUGAGAUGCUGACGGAGGAGCAGCGCUAUCUUGUUUGCAGACGCUUCCGAGUCCCCCGUAAUGAUGUCCCGCAAGGGCCUGGGAGAGAUGUAUUCAAACUUUUUCGAGCAUAUGUCAUGUCCUGCACGGCGAACGGCUUUCAUCCACGUAGCCGUCUUGAUGCCGACGCUGACGGAUGUUUUCGUGCCAUAAUGGCGACGGCUAAAGAGAUGCGGCAAGAACGUGGUGCGCCCAGCCAAGCUUCGCACUCGGCGUGCCCGAAGCCGCCGCCAAAGCCGCCGCCAAAGCCUCCGCCGCCAAAGCCUCCGCCGCCAACGCCGGAGGCCGGAUUGCCCAAGCCGACCUUCAAGGCGCCGCCCCCGGAUUUCAGGCCGGCGGCACCCGCGGAAUCGGUGGCAUCGGAUCCUUGGGAGGAGGAGGCACGCAGCCAGCCCCAAGAGAAUUUGGUCAGGUCGCUGGGGAAGGAGCUGUUGCGACGGGAUGCCAGUCAAGAUGCUUUGAUGAGCAUGCUCCGAGAUGUUCGCGAGCAGCUAGAGGUGGCUCGUAGCAACGAGAGAGAUCUACGUGAACAGUUGAGAAGAGAGACGGAGCGCCACCAUCAGCGCGAGGAAGAGCUGCAAGCGCAGCUCGCCAAGGCGCUGGACGUGCCGCCCCGUGAGGCGCCACGCCGGGGGCGCUGGGGCACCCACGCGAAGCCCAGGGUCGCAUGCGUCGACGUCGAGGCGGACGACCGCGAGGCGGGCCGCGAUUGCGAGGCGGGCAGCGAAGCUGGCCGCGAAGCGGGCAGCGAGAAGUCGGACAGCGCCGAGAUCGAGGAUCCAACGGAUUCUCCGAUCUGGGAGGAUCCAAAGGAUUCUCCGAUCUGGGAGGAUCCAGAGGAUCUGAGGGUCUGGGAGGAUCCGAGGGUCUGGGAGGAUCCGAGGGUCUGGGAGGAUCCAAAGGAUCCGAGGAUCUGGGAGUUUGUGACCAAGUGGGGUUUGGAAUUGGAGAGCACAGAAGCGCUGCUUCAAGAUUUGAAGCCUGAGCACAUGGAUAUGGUGCUGAGACGCUUCAGCUUCGACCCUACUCGUGGCACAGUUUCUCCUGAUGUGGUGCUCGCAAAGUAUGUUGAGUCCUGCGUGCGGAAAGGCUUCAGGGAGCGUCAUUCCUCUGAUCCCAUGUCCAGAUUUGCCUCUGAUUGGGAACUACCUUUGAGGGAGGUCGGCGAGAUUCUGAGGACGCUCAGCCUGGAAGACCAGGAGUUCGUGAUGAAGGGGUUCUGGUGCACUCAGUCGACUCCGUCCGCCGUUUUGGAGCGGUUGAAGCAGCACGUCGCCAGCUUUUCCGAGGCUACCACUCCAGCGGCCUGGCAGGAGUUCGCGGAGAGGUGGCAGCUGCCUUUGGAGGAAGUGGUCCAGAUUCUAUCCCGGCUCCAGCCACAAGAGGCGCAGCUCAUAGUCGACAGGUUCUACUUUGACCGAAAUUCCACGCAGGCCACGCCCUCGGCCCAACUCAGGAAAUAUGUGCAGACCUGCAAGGCCAAGGGUUUCUGGAUCCCCACUGGUGCAACUUGGUAGUGUUUUGCCAGCCUCUCAAUUUUAAUUUUUCUGGCGGCCUUUUCCAGGCAGCAUGCCAGAGUACAACAAUACCACAGGGCUCCGCUGAAGAGCCGACCUUUGCUGGGGCGUCCGGGUGUGCGAUUGUUUGAGGAUAGCCACUGUAUUCGAUCAUCUCGAGACAUGCAGCAGCUUGAGACCGGUCGAAAUGCUGCUGGAACCUAGCGCAGUCGCACAACAGGUGGCAACUUGGGGUGACGCGAUCCAUGUGUGAGGUUUCGUUGCACUGUCUUUGAUCUCUUUGACUUUGGAACGUGGAUCUGUUGCCGCACGAUUCAUGUUGCAGCCGGAGUGACA